GAGUUCGGCGAUAGCCUCACCGACAUCGAAGCGGCGAUCGAGAAGUACGAGCGUUCGCUCGAAUCCUCGCCCGAGGUGUUGGCGAAACUCGCCUCGUCCGAAAGGCUCGACGCCGCCGCAGUGCGGUUCGAGCACUUCUUCAGCCACUUUAGCCCGUUCUAUUACUGCGCGGCGAUGUACCUCGUGGCGUUCGUGCUGACAGCGUUGUCGUGGCUGGGGCAGGGGACCGUGACCAAGGCGCUGGGGCGUGCGGCGCUCGCGGUAAUCGUUGUGACGCUGCUCGUGCACACGUUCGCCUUGGUGGGCCGUAUCUACAUUUCGGGCCGGCCGCCGGUGACGAACCUCUAUUCGUCGGCGGUGUUCAUCGGCUGGGGCGCGGUGCUGUUCGGCGUGGCGUACGAAGCGAUCUACAAGAUCGGCAUCGGCAGCGCCGUGGCGAGCCUGCUGGGCUUCGCAACGCUGGUGGUCGCCCACUACCUGUCGCUCGACGGCGACACCUACACCGUCCUCCGCGCGGUGCUCGACACGCAGUUCUGGCUCGCGACGCACGUCGUUUGCGUGACGCUCGGUUACUCGACGACGUACCUCGCUGGCUUCCUCGGCGCCGGUUACCUGAUCGCGAUGGGCGCGCCCCGGCUGGUGGGCGCAAAGAGUCUGCUCACCAAGCAAGUUGGCGACCAACUCAUCCGCAUGGCUUACGGCACGCUCUGCUUCGCGCUGCUCUUUAGCUUCGUCGGCACCGUGCUCGGCGGCUUGUGGGCGGACGACUCGUGGGGCCGCUUCUGGGGCUGGGACCCGAAGGAGAACGGCGCCCUGAUCAUCGUGCUCUGGAACGCCCUGGUGCUGCACGCCCGCUGGGGCAAGAUGAUCGGCCCGGUGGGCUUCGCCACGCUCGCCGUCGGCGGCAACAUCGUCACCACCUGGAGCUGGUUCGGCGUCAACGAACUAGGCGUCGGCCUCCACGCCUACGGCGCCUCCGAAAGCAACACGGCCAGCAUGCUCCUCUUCUUCGCCACAAGCCAACUGCUGGUAAUGGCCCUUGCCCUCUUACCGUCACGCUACAAGCAAGUUGCUUAG